UUAUUUGCCAAAUUUACUUAUCAUCUUUGUAGGUUAUACAUACUGCCCAAUUUUUCUAUUGCUUGUUUUUAUUAAUGUUUUCCUUGUUAUAAAUUUUUACAAUUUUUUGAGAAAUUCCAUUUGUCCAAGAUCCCUUCUAUAUUCUACUAUUUUCACAUUUUUAGAGAAAAACAAAAAUCUUAAAAAUGGCUCCGCCGUCGAAUAAAGUUCAAAAGGUGAUGGUGCAACCAAUUAAUUUAAUCUUUCGUUGCUUGCAAAGUCGUUCUCGCAUUCUGAUUUGGCUUUACGAGAAUGUUACUUAUCGCAUUGAAGGAUAUAUUAUUGGUUUCGAUGAAUACAUGAAUGUCGUCGUCGACGAAGCUGAAGAGGUUAACAUGAAGUCACUCAAUCGUCACAAAUUGGGGCGGAUCUUACUCAAGGGCGACAACAUAACGCUUAUUCAAACGAUCCAGUGA